AUGUGACCUUUGGCACUGGAGUCCACCUGGAAUGUGGGCCGCACUCGGAUCUCAAGGUGCAGUCAUGUGACUCCCAGAUGGCCGAAUGAGACCCAUCGGGGCUGCGAAUGGUUUGCCGAAAAGUCAUUCGACAAGUUGUGACAUUUUGAACGAGUCUACUCCCGGUGGCGGAAGUCAGUUUCAGCUCCCGAUGGGUUACGGGAAGUUGUUUCGUGAGCAGCAGUCUGCGGGAGGAUGAGCGUUUGGUAUCUGUGGGCAAGCGCUGCUUCACCUGGUGGGAUCGCGACGACUGUGGGCACCGAUGGAAGACGCGACUCACGGGACUCACGGGACUCACGGGACUCCGCGGCAGACAGCCGGAGAGGAGUCGAACUCAGCGGCUAGUGACCAAUCAGAUGUCCGCUUCCAGAGGAGAGUAGCAGCUGUCAGCUCUCCUGCUCUGUCCGUGGCACGGCUCACCUUACCUGGGGUCAUGGACGCCGAGGGGAGGGUCGACGAGUCACGGCUGAGGAUGCAUAUAUUCAAAAACGGUGGUGUGUGUCCCUCCGAGCGGGGUCUGGUGUGGCGCUUCUUGUUUGGGAUGUACCCGUGCAGCUCGACAGCUUUAGAGCGCUCUCUGCUGCGGGAGCAGAUGUCGGUGCGUUUCCGGGUCAUGAAGAGAAAGUGGCAGCAGUUCCUUCCUUUGGCCGUGCGCAUGCACCUCAACGGCACCGACGAUGAGUUGGUGGCAGCCGUCAGGUACUUUGACCAAAGGCAGGAACUGGCCCAGCAACAGACCCAGGACCAGUCUGAUGAGGUCAGGGACCGACUGGCUUUCUUGGAGCUUCAGGCACAGAUAUUGUUUGAGCGAGUCACGUUUGACCAAGUGGAGCUGCGUGAAGCCACACGGAUCAUCGACAAAGACGUGGCGAGGACUAACCGAGACCUGAGCUAUUAUCAGAGUGAAGGUUCAGCCAACCUGUUGGUUUUGAGAGAUAUCCUCAUCACUUAUGCUGCUUUCCAUCCAGAGGUCAGUUAUGCCCAAGGAAUGAAUGAUCUGUGCAGCCGGUUCCUGGAGGUUCUCAACUCUGAGGUUGACGCUUACUGGAGUUUCUCCUGCUACAUGGAGAAGUUCUCCAAGGACUUCAGGGCUGAUGGUCUGCACAGGAAAAUAGAGUUGGAGGCCGCCCUGUUGAAGGAACUGGACCCUCAUCUUUAUGCUCAUUUGGUCACAGACCGCAUGGAGAGCUUCACCUUCUGCCACAGGUGGCUGCUGCUGGGUUUCCAGAGGGAGUUUGAACACAGUGACGCAUUACGUUUGUUCGAGAUCCUGAGUUGUGACCACCUGGAGCUUAUCUCCCAGCAAGUAGACCGAGCACGUUAUCAGGAAAGGCUCGCACGGAAAUGCAGCACAGAGGACAAUUCCGAGUCAGAGCUGCAGGCCAUCAACACUGACUUCACCUUUGAGCUUUUCAUCUGUGCAGCCAUCCUGUUAGAAAACAGAGAGUCUUUGCUGCGUUGCCGUGAUGAAGUCCAACUUAUCCAGUUUACUAGCAGCCUCCAGGGAACACUGGAACUGAACAGCACGCUAAAGAAAGCAGAGCACCAUUUGUACAACUACUGCAAGCGCUGUGCUUGGGACUAUAUGGAUGGGUGUUGUAAAACGGACAAGAGCAAAGAAGAGAACUUUCUCUAUCAACUCCGUAGUUUACUUGUUUUAAAGUAAAAGCUGCUAUUUAAAUAGCUGUUGUCAAAGUCUCGGAUGAAACUGUAAUUUGUAACCAGGGACACAUAAUCCCUAUUUAGAGUUUUGAUGGCACAUUUAUUAUUUUUUAUUUCCGAGGGAAACGCACUGAUGGCUGCUUACCUUAUUGGAUCCGUUACUGCUGUUUAUUAUAAAUGUACAGUAUUUAUUGUAUGCCAGUUGACCUGCACCAACUGUGAGUUAUUUUGGUUGCUCUCCUUAACUGCCCUGAUAAUAAAAAAAACUGUAAGCUCAAUAUCAUAGUAGGAGAAAGGAAUCACACUUCAUGAUUUGUAUUCCGGAUUAUGCAAUAUUCAACGGAUUAUGCAAUAUAAACAACUACUAACAGGCAUGUGUGAGUGCUAAGAUCUGAUGUGUCGCAACAGGUGGUGUUUGUAACAAACCGCAGUUAUAUUUAAUGCCAGAUGGUCUCUGUGUCAGAGAGGCCUAUAGACGUCCAGUUUUUGAGCUCUGGCAGAGGGACCAUGUCGUAAGGGGAAGGGAAAUUACUUUUAAACUGAGAAUGAAACAUGUAAACUAUAUAUGUAACCAAAAAUGUGUACCUCAAUAAAACUGCUGGCGAUUGUUUAUGAUAUGGUGUUCUCAAUA